AUGCCAAUGACAUCAUCAAUUAAUGAUAUUAAUAUAGAUACAGUUAAUAAAGAGAUAAUAAGAGGAUUAUUAAAAUUACCAGAGAAUCAAUUUUGUGGUGAAUGUGGUAUGAUUGAACCACAAUGGGCAUCUGUUAAUUUAGGAAUAUUUAUAUGUUUAAGUUGUGCAGGUUUACAUAGACGAUUAGGUACUCAUAUAUCACGUGUUAAAAGUUGUGAACUUGAUAAUUGGUUAAAGAGUGAAAUUGAAGCAUUUAAAGAAACCACCAAUCUUAAAGCUAAAGAAUAUUGGGAAUCAUUGGUACCAUCUGAUUUCAUUAGACCAACAUAUGCUGAUUCAAAUGGAUUAAAAGAGGCAUGGAUUAGAUGUAAAUAUGAAGAUAAAGCAUUUGUACCAGAGGAUGUACCUGGAGCGAAAAGAUUAAAUUUUUCAAAGAGAGAAGGAUAUGUAUAUAAAAAAGGUAUAAUUGUAAAGAAUUGGAAGAGAAGAUUUAUGAAAUUUAUAGGUGAUGACCGUUUGGAAUAUUUUAAAAAUGAACAAGAUAAAACGCCUUGUGGUUCAAUUAGUUUACAUGAUUGUGGUCAAAUUGAUAGUAUUCAAGAAUUGGAAGGUCGUACUUUUUGUUUUAUCAUUUCAACUCCAAAAAGACGUUAUUUAAUAAGUUGUGAUAAUUAUCAACAAUUAUUAAUUUGGAUUAUAAAUACCAGAUUAUCUUCAAAAAGAAAUAGUCCAUAA